AUGCAUUUCUAAACUUGCAAACCAAAAAUCAUCUAAUAGUCUGUACUCUUAUGUAAUAAAAGCAGAAAAGUCCAGACAUAUUGCCUUAUUGUUAUUACUAUUAUUUCUCAUGGCGCUGUCGUCGUGAGAUAGCGUUCCGCAAGCAAGGCUCUGUUUUUGCACUCUAAACAUAUGAAGUCCCAUGCAUGCGCUCGUUCGCGAGUACAUGUGGUCUGAUCGGAUGUGCACGUGAGCGAAAACGCAUAUUCUGGGGCUUUAUUGUUUGCCUGCGCCGACUUCUGCCAUGCCGCCGAAAAGACAGUUUGGCAAGUACCUGUGGGACUCAUCCGUCGAAGUUCCCCCUCGUUCUAAAUACAGAUUCAAGAAGCGGUCAUUUGGCGCGGAUUCAGCGCCUGUCGCGAUGAGUGAGGAAGACAGCUCAGAUGGAAGCGAUACUGAGGCAGACGACGCACGCUGCUUGGCCCAUGCAGGCUCAAAUCAAAGUACCGAACCACGUUGUGUGGAACACUGCCCUUCUCAGUCAUGCGAUCCAUCGCUAAGUCCGUGCGAAGAUUCAUCCUCCAGUGGCAGCGAAUCGGAACCUGAUGCUGACUUAGAACCAGACCACAGCGAGCGGCAGUGCAUGGUGGGCUGGAAAGACGAGCUGGAUGAAGACCUGUUUCCAGGAUCCAAGGUGACAAGAGCUGAAAGCUUGUUGAUGGUAAUGGCUCACAGCUUGCGCCAUGGUACUUCAAAGGAAGCGACAGAAAGCUUACUCCAGCUUCUGAGUGCUCACUUGCCGGAAGGAGUAGCAUAUCCAACCUCAAAGUACACCUUCUUUCGUCACUUCUCUGGUGCCGUCUAA